AUGUCUCGACCUCAGUGGCAACGUUUAGCUCGGUCGCGAUGGGCUGUUCCAUCUCUCAGGGCAUCGCCAGGCGUAUCGAGUCGCCUGCCAACGGCGCGUGCCGCGUUUUCGACGUCUUCACGUCGUGAACUCAUGGAAAUGACGGGCUUCACAGAGGAGCAGCUCACAGUCCGAGAAGCCAUCUCGCAUAUCUGCUCCAAAUUUCCCAAUACGUACUGGCAGGAGCGUGACCAGCAAGAAAAAGAUCCUAAAGAGUUCCACGCUGCCUUGGCCAAGGACGGGUGGCUGGGCAUCGCCCUUCCCGAGUAUCUAGGGGGAGCAGGAUUAGGCAUCUCUGAGGCAACCAUGAUGAUGCAGACUAUCACUCAAUCUGGUGCCGGAAUGGCUGGUGCACAAGCAAUCCACGCCAAUGUAUAUGCCACGCAGCCAUUGGCUAAAUUUGGCACAAAGGAACAGCUGGAAACGACAAUCCCUAAUAUCAUCAAUGGUACCUGGCGAACAUGCUUUGGCGUCACUGAGCCUAACACGGGACUUGAAACCCUCAAGCUCAAGACUCUUGCAACAAAGACCGAAGAUGGGUACUCAGUCUCCGGCCAAAAGAUCUGGAUCACUUGCGCGCAGGUUGCUUCCAAAAUGAUCCUUCUAGCUCGCACAACGCCAUUGGAGGAAGUCCAAAAGUCGAGUGAGGGGUUGUCACUUUUCUGUAUCGACCUUGACCGCGACCAGCCGGGUCUAGAUAUGCGCAAGAUCAAAAAGAUGGGUGGCCGAGCUGUAGACGCCAACGAAGUUUUCUUCGACAACUACAAGAUUCCUGCCAACACUUUGAUUGGCCAGGAGAGCCAGGGGUUCAAGAUUAUUCUGCACGGCAUGAACGCCGAGCGCUGUCUACUCGCAGGUGAAGCGCUGGGUCUGGGCUAUGCCGCUCUCGAGAAAGCCGCUCAAUACGCCAAAGAGCGAGUGGUCUUCGGCCGACCGAUUGGACAAAACCAAGGCGUUUCCCACCCACUAGCAGAUGCAUACAUGAAGCUCGAGGCCGCGAAACACGCCACAUACCAUGCCACUCGUCUUUAUGAUGCCAACGACGGCUCUGUGCCAUUCCACGCAAUUGGCGUGGCCUGCAACAGUGCCAAGUAUCUCGCUGCCGAGGCCGCGUUUACGGCUUGUGAGCGUGCCGUGCUGGCCCACGGAGGCAUGGGUUACGCUAUGGAAUACGAUGUGGAGCGGUACUUGCGUGAAUGUCUGGUUCCUCGGAUUGCUCCCGUGAGCCGUGAAAUGAUUUUGAACUAUGUCAGUGAGAAGGUUCUUGACUUGCCCCGAAGCUAUUAG